GUAUAAUUUACUGCUUAGUAUAUUUUAUCACUUGAAGUUGUAUUAAAUAUUAAAUAAUUUUUCCACGAUGCGGGUUUCUACAGUUGUUUUUUUGGUAUUAACCGGUUUAGGUAGUAAUUUUUUAUUUUCGAAUGGACAGAUACAAACAACACCAACUCAAAACCCAGGAAUCAAAAUAACAACUACGACAGCUGUUCCAGCGGAAACCAGUGAUGAAUGUUCGAAGAAUAAUGAUUUAACACCAGAAGCUUUAAAAUGUAAAAUACUUGAAAUUUCUGCAGCAAAGACUGAAAAACUGGGUCAGCAUCGGUUGGCAGCGGAUCGUAUAUUUUACUCUGCAUACGAUUUACCAGAAAAUGUAACCUCGGAUCCUUUUGAAAAAUUCGAGCAAUUCAAGCAGAAAUUCAAACAGAUAAAAGAAAUUGGAGACAAAUCUGAGAAGGAUAAAUUCAUCAGUUUCGAAGAAAUGUUUUCAACAGUCGAUUCGUUUGUUAAACAAGUGAGAACAAAAGCCAUGUCAAAUGAAACUAUGGCUAAAUAUGGGUCAGUUUUGGAGACGGUCGUUAAUGAGAUACUUCAUGGUAUACCACAAGGAGGAAAUGCACUUACUACAGGACAAAAACUUAUAAGGGAAAUGUACCAUCUUAUUGGAAUCACUGCAUCUACCAACUGCUUAUUGUAGGAAGAUUUUAGCAAUAAAACAGAACAAUUUUCAAGCUGGAAGCGAAUACCCUACUACCUAUUCUUGUAGUUGGCCCAUAAUCGAUAGUUUCUUACAAUUUAUUUCAAAUAGUAUAUCUAGUUUACUGAAUGUAAUCAAAUAAAUAAACAGACUAUCUGGA